AUGGAUUUCAUCAAGACCAGUUCCCUGCGUGCUCUGAUUGAGUUAACUUUCCAACGCAACUGGAAUGGCUUCAUUUGGAUGAGUAGAAAAGGAGUUAUAGCCAAAAGAGUGAAGGCUGCUCCAGACGGCUAUAUCGAGAAUCAGCGCCGAACGCGCAGUCCGGCUGGCCGAGGAACGAAUGUUCCGCGCUCGGCCAAAACCGUCCGUCCGACUGAAGUCUCGGCCAAAGUCCAAACCACUCGGCCGAUCACGCAUCACGACCCGGGAAACAACCCGCGGUCGGCCACGCCACAACCGCGCACGACCAAAGCGCGCGAGCCGGGAAAACGCCUCGCGGCCGCGCAACUCCUCGCGUACCACGGCCGAUGCAUCCGUCCGAGCCGGGAAACGCCCGCGUCCGGCCGAGAAACCAUCGGCCAAAUUCCUAUCCGUCCGACCACGCCGGCCGACCGUCAUAACAUCCGGCCCGACCGUUCCGACUCGGCCAAGACCCGACUGUCCGGCCGACCGUCCCGACGACCGUCCGAACGCCGCGGUCGACCCGAAGCCGUUUUUGAAGCCCAAUCCGCACAAUUCAAGCCCAAAGCCGGCGCCGACCUAGCUAGAUUAGGUUUAGCCGCUUCUUAUACUUAG